GUCGUCCGCGCUUCUCUUAAAGCGGGUCGUGACGUCAUCAGCACGCGACCUCAUCUUUGUCAGUGAACAAAAUGGCGCCGUACUGUGUCCUGGCGGCUCGGCUAAGGCAAGCCCUGAGUAAUGGUGUACGGAGAUACCAUGUUGCUCCUGUUAUGUGCCAGCGGGCAAAGGUGGCCAUGAGCCACUUUGAGCCUAAUGAAUAUAUUCAUUAUGAGAAGCUUGAGAAGAACAUCAACAUCAUCCAUAAGAGGUUAGACCGUCCUUUGACCUUGUCUGAAAAGAUUGUAUAUGGGCACUUAGAUGACCCGGUGAAACAGGAUAUUGAGCGGGGCAAGACCUACCUGCGCCUGCGGCCAGACCGUGUGGCCAUGCAAGAUGCCACUGCUCAGAUGGCAAUGCUGCAGUUCAUCAGCAGUGGACUGCCCAAGGUGGCAGUGCCCUCUACCAUCCACUGUGACCACCUUAUUGAAGCCCAGAUAGGUGGUGAAAAGGAUCUUCAGAGAGCUAAGGAUAUUAACAAGGAGGUGUACAACUUCCUAGCCACAGCUGGUGCCAAGUAUGGAGUAGGGUUCUGGAAACCUGGAUCAGGAAUCAUCCACCAGAUCAUUUUGGAGAACUACGCAUACCCUGGGGUUAUGCUGAUUGGCACAGACUCCCACACACCCAAUGGAGGUGGCCUGGGAGGAGUUUGCAUAGGAGUGGGAGGAGCUGAUGCUGUAGAUGUCAUGGCAGGAAUCGCUUGGGAGCUCAAGUGUCCAAAGGUUAUUGGCGUGAAACUGACCGGCAAGCUGUCAGGUUGGAGCUCUCCUAAAGAUGUGAUCUUGAAAGUGGCUGGCAUCCUCACUGUGAAAGGUGGCACGGGUGCCAUCAUAGAGUAUCAUGGGCCUGGAGUGGACUCCAUCUCUUGUACCGGAAUGGCAACAAUCUGUAAUAUGGGAGCAGAGAUUGGUGCCACCACCUCCAUUUUCCCUUAUAACCAGCGAAUGAACAAAUACUUAAAGAAGACUGGGCGAGCUGACAUUGCUGCUUUGGCAGACGAAUUCCAGGAGCACUUGCAGCCUGAUGCUGGUUGCCACUAUGACCAGGUCAUUGAAAUCAACCUCAAUGAGCUGGAGCCACAUAUCAAUGGGCCUUUCACACCAGACCUAGCGCACAAGGUGACAGAAAUUGGCAUUGUGGCAGAAAAAGAGGGCUGGCCGCUGGAUAUUAGAGUUGGGCUGAUUGGCAGCUGCACGAAUUCGAGCUAUGAGGACAUGGGGCGUGCUGCUGCGGUGGCGAAGCAGGCUCUGGCACAUGGGCGGAAGUGCGUGUCUCAGUUCACCAUCACACCUGGCUCGGAGCAGAUCCGAGCUACCAUAGAACGAGACGGCUAUGCUCAAAUUCUGCGUGAUGUUGGGGGAGUGGUUCUUGCCAAUGCCUGUGGGCCAUGCAUUGGACAGUGGGACAGGAAAGACAUCAAGAAGGGAGAGAAGAACACAAUUGUUACAUCCUACAACAGAAACUUCACAGGCCGCAAUGAUGCAAACCCAGAGACGCAUGCAUUUGUGACCUCUCCAGAGAUUGUCACAGCCCUAAGUAUUGCUGGCACUUUGAAAUUUAACCCUGAGACAGACUACCUGAUAGGAACUGAUGGGAAGAAGUUUCAACUAGAAGCUCCUGAUGCAGAUGAACUGCCUAGACUGGAGUUUGAUUCUGGCCAGGACACCUACCAGUAUCCUCCCAAGGAUGGUAGUGGGCAGCAUGUGGAUGUAAGUCCCACCAGCCAACGCCUGCAGCUGCUUGAGCCUUUUGAUAAGUGGGAUGGCAAGGACCUGGAAGACAUGUUGAUCCUCAUCAAGGUAAAAGGGAAAUGCACUACUGACCACAUCUCUGCAGCUGGUCCCUGGCUCAAAUUCCGUGGCCAUCUGGACAACAUCUCCAACAACCUGCUGAUUGGAGCCAUCAAUAUGGAGAAUGGCAAGGCCAACUCAGUGAGGAACGCUUUAACCCAGGAGUUUGGGCCAGUUCCAGACACAGCCCGUUAUUACAAAAAAAUGGGCCUCAAGUGGGUGGUUGUUGGAGAUGAAAACUAUGGUGAGGGAUCAAGUCGGGAGCAUGCAGCUUUAGAACCACGUCACUUGGGAGGCAGAGUUAUCAUCACCAAGAGCUUUGCCAGGAUCCAUGAAACCAACCUGAAGAAGCAAGGCCUAUUACCUCUCACUUUUGCUGACCCAGCUGACUACAACAAGAUCCACCCUGUGGAUAAGCUGAGCAUAGUGGGCCUAAAAGAUUUUGCACCUGGAAAGCCUUUGAAAUGCAUCAUCAAACAUCCCAAUGGGAGCGAGGAGACCAUCAUACUGAAUCACACCUUCAACGAGACACAGAUUGAGUGGUUUAAGGCUGGCAGUGCCCUGAAUAGAAUGAAAGAGCUGCAGCAGCACUGAAACAUGCACAUGCAUCCCCAGAGGACUUGGCUCUGGCAUUUUCAUAAAAGUGCAAUUCCAUGCCUGUUCUUAAGAAUACGUGUCUGAUCAAAUGUAACCAUAGCUUCCUUUUCGUGAUGGCACUUCCUCUGCACCGAAGCUACGAACGGGGAGUGCAGCAAGGCUUACAUCUUUUUUUGUUUUGUCUUCUAAAUUCUGUAGCUCCCUUUCUCAUUUUGGUUCAAAUUUUAAUGGUCCCACAACUUAAUAUUUAUUUUUGAAGGGAAUGUGUGGUUUUCUGUCUGGUCACUUCCAUGACAGCUGAAUGAUUUACAAUAAAAUCAAAGAUUGUGACUGAC